AUGGCUGGCACAUGGAAAGCAUGGACUCUUAAUUCUAUAAAAGCAAAAGGUAUGUUAUACGGCUCCAAUCCAUCGGAGGAAAAAUCUAAGGGAAUUGCUCUUAGUUGCAGUGCAAGCCGUAGUGAUGCUUCUGCUUCAUUGGGACGGAAUGAGCGAGAUCACCGUAUGCGAGAAAAGGAGAAUAGCGAAAUAUCUGCCAUGCAGAAACGACUAAAUAAGACAAGUACUAGAGUUUCAGCUAUCAACGAAGGGUCAAGGCAUGGCCAUGAGAAAGGGGCGGUUAAGAAGCAGCCACAGGCUCUUUGGGAAGAAGGCAGCUCUACUAUAGACCCACGAGUUUCAGAAGUGUUGGCAAUGCAAGAAGAACUGAAGCAAAAGAAGAAUGCUUUGGAGGCUCUCAUGAAACGCAUGGGAAAGUCCUCUUCACUAAACAUGGACAACAUAUCAGACAACAUCUCUGAUAAUGUAUCUGAGACGUCUGACAGAUUGGAUGGUGGUAAUGGUACAGCUGCCACUUGGGGUACAACUGGAUUACAUGACUAUUCUGAUAACCACUAUCAACAUUCUAGGUAUGACUCCUACAGUGUUUACAUUUGCUACAUAUCAAGUCCCAACCUGAUCAUGGUUUAGGAUGUAAUGAAAGGU